GGGCGGCGGGGCGUGCGCCGUGUGCCGCGAGGCGGCCACGCAGUGCUGCAGCGGCUGCCGCGCCGUCUUCUACUGCGGCCGCGACCACCAGCGGCAGCACUGGAAGUCGCAUCGCCUGCACUGCCUGCCGCACCGCGUGGCCCACGACCCGCGCCUCGGCAGGCACCUGCUCGCCACCAGGGACAUCAAGGCGGGGGAGGUGGUGGCCCAGGAGGCGCCCGUCGCCCUCGGGCCCAAGGUGGUGACGCGGCCUGUGUGCGUGGGCUGCCUGGUGCGCGUGUCGGAGACGGACUGGCACGCGUGCUCGGGCUGCGGCUGGCCGCUGUGCGGGCCCGAGUGCGAGGGCGCCGCCGCGCAUACGGCCGAGUGCCGCCUCAUGCGCGACAAGGGCUUCCGCGCCAACCUCGCCUUCACGCCGGGCAAGAAGGAGGCCGCCUUCUGCGCCAUCGUCCCGCUCAGAUGCCUUCUCCUUAAAGAGCGAGAUCCUGCCAAGUACCAAUCGCUUAUGGCAAUGGAGUCACAUCUGAAUGAGCGGAGGAAAACACCGUUGUACUCCGUCUACAAACAUAACAUUGUUGGCUUCAUCAGGAAUGUCUUGCAAUUGACUCAAUUUGACGAGGAGACUAUCCUGACAAUCGCCGCCAUCUUGGACACAAACUGCUUCGAGAUCCGCAAAGGCGGCUCCAAAGCUCGUGGAGUAUAUCCCACCGCAGCGCUUAUGGCACACGACUGCACACCGAAUACGAAGCACGUGUUCAAGGGCUCUGACUUCACUAUCAAAAUAAUAGCAACAUCACCUAUUAAGAAAGGAGAUAUAAUAUCCACGAGUUACACUCAAGCCCUUUGGGGAACUAUAGCAAGGCGAGCACAUCUCAAGAUGUCAAAAUGUUUCGAUUGUGUCUGCAGACGAUGUGCUGAUCCAACAGAAUUUGGCACAUAUAUUGGGGCAAUCUCUUGUUCUAAAUGCAAAUCCUCCGGGAAUGGAAUUCUGGAUCCUGAUAAUGAAAGCAAGAUGAUCUCUACAGAUCCCCUUGAUCCAGCUGCUCCUUGGAAGUGUGAGAGCUGUGAACACACAAUUCCAGGUCGUCAAAUGGCAUGGGGCAAUGACGCAAUGAAACAAGAGCUUGAUGCAGUGGAUGUAUCAAGGCCUGAAGCACUUGAAAAUUUUGUUGAAAAGUAUAUAAGUGCACUUCAUCCCAAAAAUUCAUUUAUUGUACAGGCCAAGUAUGCUCUUUCUCAGAUUUACGGUAAUGGAGCAGGAUAUGAGUUACCAGAACUACCAGAACACUUACUUAAUCGGAAAAUAGAACUCUGUCAUGAGCUGCUAGAGUUGGCAGAUGCACUCAGUCCUGGUAUGUCUACAUUCCGUGGACUCCUACUAUAUGAUUUACAAGCUGCAAUGGUUGUCCAGGCAAAGCGUGACUUUGAGAAUGAUAAGAUAACAAAGCAGAAUGCUCAGGACAUUAUGGGUGAUGCAAUGAAGUUAUUACAAGAAGCAUCAGAAAUUCUUCGUCAAGAUCCAGAUAUGACAGAUGAAUUACAAUCAAAAAUGACAAAUCUGGCAAAAGAGUUAGAAUUAGAUUAACUGAUUUUCAUUUUUCCAUGAACAUGUAAUGUAGAUCUUUUGUUUUAAGUGAAAAGAGUUUAUUUAUUAUUAUUUUAAACAUAUAUUUAAUAUCAAAAUAUUUAAUGUUGAAUAUUCAGAAGAUGUUAUUGCUAGUGCAAUGCACUAACUGAAUUUUAUGUUAGGAAACUAGAAUUAAAUAAUUUAAUGGAAAUAUACCAACAAGAAGUGAAAAUAUUUGGAAGGAAUAUUUACUAUAUAAUUUUCAAUAACUUAUACACAAUGUACAAAUUAUGAAGAUUGCUAUGAUUGUGUUAAAAAAUGUUAAUUGCUCACUAGUUUAGAUGUGAAUGUCUCACUGUGAUACUAUUCUCCAUAUUAGAAAUGUUUACUGAAUCAAUGUCUGUUCUAUUUCAUUUUGUUGAUUGUAUUUCUAAGAAAUUAUAAAUAGUUCAUGAGCAUAUGUUUCAUGAAAAAAAUAUAUUUCAGCAAUUAACCAGAAAAAGUAAAUUACAGUAUUGUGAAAAGAACAGGUUUCAUUGUUUUUAAUCUAUUUUAACUGAUGCAUUGAUAAAUAAACGUAUUACCCAGUUAUGUGAAAUAAUUUUUUUUUAGAUUGAAUCUAUUCAUAAUCAUAUUAACUUCAUCAUACUUUUACAAUGAUAAAUAUUUCAACUCUAAUUUUAUUGUUUAUUAUUUCUAAAACUUGAAAAGUACAAUAGAUUUAUAAGUAAUAAUUUACAUGACAAGUAAUUGUUCUUAUCUGUUCUACAGUCUUUUACUUAAUGCUUUAAUUUUAUUUAUUGAUUCUUGUAUUUAAUAAGGUACUAGAGAACAACAAAGAAUAAAAGCGCAUUUAUUUUAUUUACAUUUUGUUGCAGAUUAAAUAUUUUUAAUUACGCAAAAAGGGAUUAGUUGUUUGAAGAAUUGGUUCUUUUUUAUUUAUUUAAUUUGUUACAGUUCUUCAUUUUUUAGAUGACAUAUUGUAAAUCUACUAAUAAGGAAACUCAGCUAAAUUUAUACCUAGGUAACACAAUUCUCAUAAUAAGCAUACUACUCAGCUUCCAUUUACUCAGAAAAAUCUUUUUUGUAACAUUAAAAUUAAGAAAUGAUAUGAUACUAUUUAAUGAAGUAAUUCUAUAAAAUUACUUUUCUAUUAUGGUUUAAAUUUAGGGGAAAAUAUCAACAACUAAAAAGACAGAAGUGUUUUGUUGAGAUAGAUUAGUGAAGAAGUUAUCAUUGGUCACCCUAAAUGUAGCAUUCAGUGGAUUCAGUUUUUGGCUUCCCUUCAAGAGGGUGAACCAUCCAUUGCUGUAAAACAGGUUGUUCUUUAGGAUCUGGCUGAUAUAUCUCAUGCUGGACCUGUAGAGAAAAAAAUAUUUCAAGUUAAUUGAACUGUAAAUUUAUUAUUGUAAAAAAAGCAGUAAAUUGAUUGAUAGAAUGGUUCUUGGUUUAAGUUAAAUUAAGUUAUAUUCUUUCUGCCAAUGUUUCAGCUCUAUUUUAUACAUAUUAUAAUAACCUCAAAAUAAGAAGAAGAAAAACAAUUACAAACAGUAAGAGAAAUAAAAAUAAAACAUACUUGUAUC